UGUUUGGUGUCACGUGCCGGUAAGUUUUGGUACAACGUCAAGAUGGCAGCAGGCUGGCCGUGCUAUCGUCGAGCGCGGCCAAUGUUUUUACUUUGUGUUCUUUUGGCCUCUUUUGGGACGGCGGAUUCGACUGCCCAAGUACCGCUUCUCAUUUGGUCCUCACACGGCAGUUUGCCACACGUGGCCUCAUCUUCAGCAGGCCAUGUCACAUCCUCCCAGCAGCUAGCCUCCUACCUCGACUCCGCCUUUGGUUCCGGUGUCCACACCGUGCUGCUCUUCCUGCAAGAUAAGUUGAGCAUGGAUGACUUCACAGUGUUCGCCGGGGUGUUUGGAAACAAGCAGGAUGGCGCCUUUCAGAAUCUGGAGGCGCUGCUACGGUCAUCUGCAUCUUCGAUGACGUUUCCCGCUGUGGCGUGGUCGCCCUCCACAUCCACGUCAACACUGCUGGAGGAGCUUCUGGGCGUCUCGCCAGUGCUGGUGGAUGGGGACAACUUGUCGCAGGUGGACCUGGAUGCAUCUGUCAACAAUCUGCUCAUCAUCAAUCUGCCUUAUUGCACAAGCUUGCAGAAGUCUUGCCAGGAAGUGCUGCGUGACAACGAUGCGAUGAUUGCCAAGGUUGUGAGGACGAUGGACGACGUCAAUGUGCCUUACACAGCAGUGUAUACGGGAGCCCAACCAUCACGAGUAAUUUCCUUGCCCUCGGUGAAGCGUCCUGCCAUCGGUCGCUCACUGCUCCAAGCCGCCGUCCCCGUUCCCGUUGUCAAACCGCCCAUCGUGUUCAACAAUGAGUCUGGCAACCCGUGCAUCAUGCUGUGGGCGCAGAACCUCACCAUCCGUGUCUCACCCACCGAGGGGUGGAUCGACCUCACCAACAACACGGCCUCCUUGGCGGGCUCCAUGUGCAAUGCCACCAACUCUUUGCUUGUGCUCAGCUACCCAUCAGGCUUCAACCUGAGCUUUGCCAUGAGUCAGCGCUUCUAUCCAGUGUCUGCCAGGAACUGGUUCACCCUGGACUGGGUGCGGCUACAGUCCAGCAACGGGACGGCAUCCUUCAUGGGGACCCGCGCCCUCUCAGCGCCCGCCGAGUAUUCCUUCCGGUGCGGCAUGCUCAGCAGUUUCCGCAAUGCUCUACUCGUGCCUAACUCCACAGAGGACAGUGUGGCUGACUGGAGGUUCAAUUUCAUCGACUUCCAGAUUCAGGGUUUCAGCUUGGUCAACGGAACGAAUUUCUCUUAUGCUAGCGACUGCGCAGGCUUCUUCACGCCAGGAAUUUGGAUGGGGCUGUUGACGUCGCUGCUCCUGCUGACCAUCUUCGUUUACGGGCUGCACAUGAUCAUGCAGCUCAACACCAUGGACCGAUUCGAUGACCCCAAAGGGCCGUCUAUUUCUGUGCCUCAGUCGGAGUGACAGUAUUCGAGCCCUUCUCUCUGAGCUCCGUUUUAAGACGCUGUUAUUCCCUAAGUCUAGUUUAGCUUGAUUGUGUGUGUGCGCGUGUGUCAAAGGUUUACCACAAUUGCCAGAGAUAGAAUGCCUUUUUUGCAUCUGAUUGUGUGCUUGAUGCUUAGAAGAAUGUUUCAGACCUGUGAUCAUUUUUUUCUAUUUUAAUUUGACACACCAUUUUUAUUUUAAAGGGUGUAUGCAGUGUUGUAUAAAAGUCGACUUAUCCUGAAUCAUUCCUUUACGUUCAAGUCAUGUUCAAAUUGUGCCACUACUGCUCUCGAACCUUAUUUAUUUCUACAAAGGAGGCCUUCAAAGUUUGAUUCAGGAUCCUUACACUAUGCAAUAAGUGAGUGUUUUUGAACUUGAACAUGUUUCUUUUGCCAUCUGAUGCAAUCCAAAAUAAAAUAUAAAUUUUGUCAUUUCU